AUGGCUUCAUUAAUCAAACAUCAAAUUAUCAAACGAUUAUCAAAGUUUGUCAAAAAUCUUUCAGCAAAUCAAAUAAAUAUAAGUACAAUAAAAGGUGAAGGUGAAUUAUCAUCAAUAAAUUUAGAUGAAAGAGCAUUAGAAGAUGUUACUGAAUUACCAACAUGGCUUAAAAUUAAAAAAGCAACAUGUGGACGUGCUUUUAUCAAAAUUCCUUGGGCAAAUUUAAAAACUUUACCAAUUCAAUUAUCAUUAGAUGAUGUUAUCAUUGAAAUCGAAACAUGUGAAAAACUACGUGAUUUACAGAAUUUAUCAAGUGGAAAUGAUCCAUCAAUGGGUAAAUAUGGUUUUACUAAUCGAGCAAUUGAUGGAAUUUCAUUAACAAUUUCAAGUCUAACAUUUACAAUAAAAUCACAAGGUUUUAAAGCAUCAGUUUUUUUACCGACUUUAGAUAUUUAUAGUACAGCACCUAAUGGACAAAAAGUUGAUACAUUGACCUUAACUCGUCUUCGUAAUACUACUAAAGGUCAUAUUCUUCUUUUUAAAGAAAUAUUUUGGCCGAAUGCACGUAUUGAAGCAUCAUCAACUGAUAAUAAUUCUCCAGGAACAUCAAUACGUUUUAUUGUUAAUUCAUGUCGAAUGAGAAUUUCAAUGAAAAAGAAUCUCCAAGAUAGUACAAUGAUAACGUCUCGUGUUAUGAUACACUUUGAUGAUUUAUUAUCAGUUCUUAAUGAUGCUCAAUUAAAAUCAGCAUUAAAUACUUAUAAAGAAAUAAUAGAAUUAAUGGAUCGUGCAUCAGAACAAAGAAAACGUAUUGUUGAAGAUAAAUUUACUGUAUGUUUUUUUUUAUCAAAAUUGAAUGUGAAAUAAUUCGAAAGAAAAAUUUAGAAUGAAUUUAGGGAAAACCAAAGAUUUUAUUUCCUAUAUGAAUAUUGAGAAUAAUAAACCGACAAAAUUGUAUCUUGUAGAGUUGAAGGCAAAAGCGUUUUUAUGACAGUUAGAGUAAAGUAAUAGAAACAUGGUCUAUUUCAAUUACAAAAUACAUAAGCAAUUUUUGAUUACAACAGGAUAAUGACUCGUAGUCUGUGUAAAGUAUAGUUGAUAUAUACUUACUAGCAGUAGUAUCAUAAAGUUUUCUUUUUGCGCAUUCUACCUUCUUCUUUUUUCAAUAUUAUUAAAGGUAGUGCAAAUUUUUCGUCGUCAAUUAUUUCUGCAGAAAAACUAAGAAAAUAAUUAUUAACAGCGGCGAUUAGAUGAUUCACCGACGUUACAACCAGUGUUCGUCUAGUUACACAUCUUUGUCCUUCUCGUCAUAUGCAAUACUAGCAGCAAUGUCGAGUAGCUAAGCUUUCAUGUCAACAGCUGCAUUUAACAUGCGCUAUGCUUGGUAAUUCAGUAACAGUUCAGUAAAUCGAUCUGAGCUCGUACAUAAACUUUAUCUGUAGUUAAAGUUUCAUGAUAUAACUUACCACUAAAUGAAAAUGCCACCCGAAUACAGAGAAUUCAAAAGACAUGGGGAGACUGCAAUUUUCGAUUAAACUACUUGAUCUUUUGACUAAAACAACAAGAGCAUAGACUGGGCUCUAUAUGUAUGCUAAAAUAUGAAGAGUAAGUCAUGUACUUGAUAACCGAUAACGUAAAAUUUAAUAGACUCUCUUUUUUCAGGCUAGACGCUUAAGGCCCCCCCCCCCUCAAAAAAUGUCAAAUUUCGUCAGAAAAACGAAAGUUGAGGGAAACGCAUAGCUGAAUACUAUGAGGCCUGAACAUUAAGAGUCAGCAUGAUUUUGAGGUU